AGUACAUUUCCCACACUUGGCCGUUUUGUGGAUCUCUCUCUCUCUCUCUCUUUUAAAACCUUUUCUCCAAAUGUUAUCUCCGGCGAAGUGUGAGUCAGAAGACCCCACAGCUCAACUGGAUCUCCUCCACUCUUCUCCUAGAUCCGAACCCGAACGCCUAUCUCUCGUCCUCUCUCUUCCCAAUCCCGCCGAAGCAGAGAUGAGCACGAGCAGGAGAUCCACGAGGAUCAAUUCUAAUUCGCCUAAAGAGAUUGGCGGAGGAGAAGGUGCUCAGUCGCCGAGAAUUACCGGAAAGUCUGGAUCGAGUAAGAGAAAGAUUAGUAGCGCUCCGGUUAAGAAAGAUUCUGGCGGAUUGUCAUUCGAAGACAUAGCUGCGAUUGCCAAGAGCUUGGAGAUGGGAGUCGUUUCCGAGUGCCAAGAUAAGAACGACGAUGCUGAAGGUAGAUCGCAAGUUCCGGCUAAGAGGAAAGUUGACUGUGAUGACAUGAAGCGUUCUAGUCAGAGUCUCAGCAGCAGCAAUAAACGGACGAGGAGAUCUGCAGGGUUCACUAAGGGGAUUGAGAAUGAGGGAGAAGAAAAUCUAGACGAGGAGCCUGUCCCAUCCAUUAGAUCUCUAAGGCUAUCUGGAACUGUUGAAAAUGGUUUGGGAUUAUGUGGUGCAAAACAGGUGAGAGGGACUGAGAAGCUGGUGCAAGUUAGUGAGAAUGGUAACUGCCGUGAGACUAUAAAGAGAUGUGAAGGUGAUGGCCUUGUUUCAUCUAAGCAAGAGCUAUUAGGGUCAACUCUAAAUGGUUGUAGGGUCAAGUCGUUAGGAAAACACAGAUCUUCUGACCCAAAUGCGAGUGGUGUUCACACCAGCUCUUUGAAAAUUAGUGAAAAUGGUACGCGUAAUGGAUUGCCGAUGACAACUCCGUUAGUGGAACAAGAGUCACGUCAGAGUAGAACUAGUGACUGCGGUGCUACUGCUGAUAACGGAGUAACUGGGGAGAUGCAUGCAAAUUCUACUGUGAUCUAUCUCUCUGACGGCGAUGAAGAGCCGCAGCCAGCCAAGGACGUACAAGAUUCGGUUGAAUUUUUGUAUACGAAAAGCUCAAAUGGAGAUGCUUUGAUUCAAGAUGCAAGUGGAUCUACCCUCUCCUCGGGGGGGAAUUGGAGACAAGCACCACUGGAUCAAAAUAGUCCAAUUAAAUCAACCAAGGGAAAGGGUUCGCGAGUGACCCGUACUGCUGUCCGUGAAAAGCAUGAACAUGGUUCCUCCUUUUUCAUUGGAGAGCCAAUUCCUUGCGAGGAGGCUAAAGAGAGAUGGCGCUGGAGAUAUGACCUCAAGGAGCACAAAUCUAAGAGGAGAGGCCAACAGUCAGAAGAUGACGAAGACAUGAUUGUUGCAAAUGUGGAAUGCCACUAUUUGCAGGCAAAAGUCGACAAUGAAACGUUCAGCCUCGGAGACUUUGCCUGCCUAAUGGGUGAUGGAGAAGAGCCACCUAUCGGCAAGAUAGUAGAGCUUUUUAAGACAACAGAUGGAGAAAGCUACUUCCGAGUUCAGUGGUUGUACAGAGCAACGGAUACAGUAAUGCAGAAGCAGGCUGCUGAUCAUGAGAGAAGGCGUCUCUUCUACUCUACUGUAAUGAAUGAUAAUCCAAUAGAUUGUCUUAUUUCUAAAGUUACUGUUUUACAAGUAUCACCUAGGGCAGGAUUAAAGCCCAAUUCUAUAAAAUCUGACUUUUAUUUUGAUAUGGAGUAUUGCGUGGAGUUUUCGACAUUUCAAACCUUGAGAACUCAAACUUCCGAAAACAAGCUUGAGUGUUGCGCCGACGUGACACCUACAGAAUCCACUGAAUCUAUUUUGGAAGAUAAAAGUUUUAGCAAAGAGCUUCUGGUGCUUGAUCUUUACAGUGGUUGUGGUGGAAUGUCCACUGGGUUGAAUCUUGGAGCCAAGAUUUCUGGAGUUGAUGUCGUGACGAAAUGGGCUAUUGACCAGAAUUUGGCUGCCUGUGAGAGCUUGAAACUGAACCAUCCACAGACGCAGGUUAGGAAUGACUCUGCUGGAGAUUUCCUCCAACUUUUGAAGGAGUGGGGUAAAUUAUGCAAGCGCUAUGUGCGUAACAAUGGUCAUACAACUGAUACAUUAAACCCCGAAAAUUCAACAAAGGAAGCCACUGAAAGUAGCUCUUCUACUGAAGAUGAUUCAGAACCUGAGGAGUACGAAGUUGAAAAGCUGGUUGAUAUAUGCUAUGGUGAUCCUGACAAGACAGGAGAACGUGGCCUAAAGUUUAAGGUGCACUGGAAAGGAUAUAGCAGCAACGAAGAUACUUGGGAGCCAGCAAAGGAAUUGAGCAAUUGUCAAGAUGCCAUCCGGGAGUUUGUAACAAGUGGAUUCAAGAAGAAUAUCUUGCCACUUCCUGGCGGUGUUGGCGUGAUAUGUGGUGGACCUCCAUGUCAAGGAAUUAGUGGCUAUAACCGCUUCAGGGAUGUUGAUUCUCCGUUGACUGAUGAAAGGAAUCAGCAAAUUGUAGUUUUCAUGGACAUAGUUGAGUAUCUGAAACCCAAAUUCGUGUUGAUGGAAAACGUUGUUGAUAUUCUGCGUUUGGACAAAGGUUCUCUUGGGAGGUACGCUUUGAGCCGUCUUGUGGACAUGAGAUACCAAGCGAGGCUAGGUAUCAUAACAGCUGGUUGCUAUGGUCUUUCCCAAUUUCGUUCCCGAGUUUUCAUGUGGGGAGCUGAUCCAAACAUGAAACUGCCUCCGUUUCCGCUUCCAACCCAUGAUGUUAUUGUCAGAUAUGGGUUUCCUCUCGAGUUCGAGAGGAAUGUAGUUGCUUACAGUGAAGGUCAGCCCAGAGAUGUUGAAACAGCUCUUGUUCUAAAAGAUGCGAUAUCAGAUCUUCCUCAUGUGUCAAACAACGAAACCCGGGAAAGAAUGUCCUAUGAAAGUCUCCCAGAGACAGAUUUCCAGAGAUACAUUAGAUCAACCAAACACGAUAUGACUGGCUCUGCGACUGAUAACUGUACAAAAAGGACGAUGCAACUGUAUGAUCACAGGCCGUCCCUUUUGUCUGAAGAUGAUUAUAACCGAGUUUGUCAAAUCCCAAAGAAGAAGGGAGCUAAUUUCAGGGAUCUUCCAGGGUUAAUCGUCAGAAACGACAAUACAGUCUGCCGUGAUCCAUCAAUGGAACCUGUCCUUCUGCCAUCAGGAAAACGUUUGGUACCAGAAUAUGUCUUUACUUUUCAGCAAGGGAAAUCUAAAAGACCGUUUGCGCGUCUUUGGUGGGACGAAACAGUUCCAACCGUUCUGACAGUCCCCAGCUGCAGCAAUCAGGCGUUUUUGCAUCCAGAGCAAGAUCGAAUACUAACCAUAAGAGAAGCCGCACGGCUUCAAGGUUUCCCUGAUUACUUCCAGUUCUGUGGAACCGUUAAACAAAGGUACUGUCAGAUUGGAAAUGCAGUGGCGGUCUCGGUUUCUCGUGCUUUGGGCUAUUCUCUAGGUAUGACUUUCCGUGGUCUAGCCGGUGACGAGAAUAUGAUAAAACUUCCCCAGAAGUUUUCUCAUUCAAGUUACCUUCAGCUUCAAGAAUCCAUUCCUCACUAAAAUUAUGUAGUUGUACGACUUGGAAAGUCAAUAGCAGCAGAAAUGUUGUACCUUUUACCAUUUAUUUCUCUACACGAGGGUUGAGCUAAACGAAGACGUUCUGAGCUCAAACUCUUAUCAAUUUUUCUCAUCAAACUACAAAUUUUGUUGAUUAGUUAUGGCUGAUAAAACCAUGUUUAAUUUUUUUAAAAAAAUUUCUUUCA